AUGAGUUAUUUUUCUUUGUCGCCUUCAAGUGAAAUACUUUCUCAUCAAAGUAAGGUGUAAAGCAUCAAUAAUUUUGAAAAUUUUGUUAGAUCUAAAAGAGAGAGAGAUAAAACUAUUGAUAAUAAGUAAGUUAAGGAAUUCAGAGUAAUUGCAAAAUUUCUUCAAAAAUAUGAAAUAUAUGUCUAAAUGUUACUUGGAAGAUAAUUAACUCAUAAAGAUGAAAUAAAAUUAAGUUAGAAAUGGAGUGAUAAUGUUGAUAGUUUUAAUGAUUAGAUGUUACCAGAUGCUAUUUUAAGGUUUUGAUUUCAAUUUAAUAUUUUAGAUUUCCAAACCCUGAUUUUAAACAUUGUGAAUCAUAUGAUACAAUGACAGCAUUAGAAUCUAUGUUAUAUAUUGAAAGAAUUUUGAAAUUAGAUAGAAAUAAUAUUGAAAAUAAAAUAUUUUUUAAGGCUGUAGAAGGAGUAUUAACAAAUCUUGAACCUAAUAAAAUUACAAAAGUUAGAUUUGCAUUCACUUAAAAUUCUUAAUUAAAAGCAACUCAUUAAGAUUUAUAUUUAUUAGAUAACAUUCAUUAAUAAAUAAGUGAAAAUAAUGAACCUAUAUAUGAGGCAACUCAGAAAAAAUAAUAAGAAACACAAAAUCAUUAACCAUAAAAAAUGGAUAAGCUUAAUAAGUUAAUUUAAAACUUUAAAGAAUUAUUAAAUAAUAAAACUGACUAAAUGAAUAAUAUAAGAUAAAAAUUAAAUGAAAUUUUGGAUAUUGAUUAUAAUAUUUUGAAGAGGAUCACACCAAGAAAAAUGAAAAAUGGAGGAUUUCUAACAUUUGCUAAUGGAAAAUGGUCUCGAAAUUAAUAAGAUACUUCAGACUUUCUUACUUUAAUGAGAAAUAUCAUCAUUGUCUAAUUAUUAUUAACUGGAUAUAAUGUAUAUAAUUCAAUUUCAGAAGAUGGAAAAUAUAUAUUUUGUAAAUUAUAUGCAACUGAAGAUAAUCUAAAAACAAUGGCUGAAAAAUAAAAAAUGAAAAAAAAAUUAAAUUUUUGCUUUUCUGAUUUAUUUUCUUUAGAACCAGUUGAUACUAGCUUUAGACCUCUAAGAUUAAAUAAUAGAUUAUGGAAGCCAGAUGAUUAUGAUGAUUUGACAGAUAUGUUUCUAUAUUUAAGACCUAAGAUCAUAAAUUUAAUAGAAGAUAUAAAUUUCAAAAGAGUUGCUAGAGAAGUAAAUUAAAGUAGAAUAAGUAAUUAAUUAUUUUAAUAUGGUAAAUUGGAUAUUUAAGAUGAUGAUGAAUAACCUACUGAUCUUUAAUGGUUUGCAUAUUAUUAAUAUCUUGUCCAUCUUGAAAAAGAAUUAAGAAGUAUUAGAGUUAAGAAUGUAAUCAAUAGUGAUAUAGCAGCUUUAAUAAAUAAAUAAUUAACACCUUAUGAAUUAUAUAUAAUUAGAAACAAUAAAAAUGAUUAAGUAAAGAAAUUAACAAAAUAAAAUAUUAAGGAUAAAUAAAAUUGGUUACAUUAAUAAGAAGUUAAAAAGAUACAAGAAAAGGUUUUUGAAGUGAUAUAAGAAUAUUCUAGAUUUUUUGUAAACUCUGAUAAAUUAACAACUAAAUUAUUAAAAUUAUUUAAGCAAGAAAGAUUAGCAUAAAAAUAUUUUAGAAUUUUUGAGGAAGCAUUAAAAGUAGCUAAUACAGAAGGUAAAGUACUUUUCAAUUUUUGGGAUAUGAUACAUUUUGAAAGAUUAGAUUCAUAUGUUAUUUUUACAAAGCCAACAAAAACUUGUUCUACAACUAUGAAAUAUUAACAUAAGAUGUGUUGGUGUAAAUAUUAGAUAAAUGAAGAAAAAAAGAUUUCAUUGUUUUCUUCUUCAGAACGUUUGAAAUUGGUUGAAUAAUCAAUAAAUUCAUUAUUUUAAAUGAAUGAUUUAAUAAGUAAAAAAGUUGUAAUAUCCUUAUUUUGUGUUAAUGAUCAUUAUGAAUUAUUUGGACAUUAAACUAUUUCAUAAUAAGAAAAUGUAGAAGAAGAUUUUUAUAGAAAGAAAAUGUAUCAUCUAGAAUAUGAAUGGGCAUUCAAUAUAACUAAACCUUGGAGUACUCCUAUUAAUCAAAUUUGUGAAUAUUAUGGUGAAAAAAUUGGUCUUUAUUUUUAUUACACAACAUAUUAUACAUAAAUGUUAUUAAAAAUUGCUUUUAUAGCUUUGGCAUGUAAUUUAAUUUAAUGGGUAAUAUAAGAUAGUGAAAGUGAUCUCUAUUAUUUAUUGAGAAUUAUUUUUGCAUUUUUAUAAAUUUAAUGGACAAAUCUAUUUGUUGUACUUUGGUAAAAGAAAUAAUUGAUAUUUAAUAUCUAAUUUGGUUAAACAGCUAAAGAAGAAAUCUCAAAAUAGAGAAGUAAUUUUAUAGGAAAUUAUAAAAGAUCUGUUGAAAAUGAUUAUAUGAAUUCUAUUGGAAUUAAUUCAUUUGAAUUAUUUACACGUAUGCUAUUUGCUACUUCUACAUUAUUAUUCAUUAUUGGAUUAUAUGCAGCAAUUAUGAUAGCAUUAUAUAUAUUAACAACAACUCUUAAGACAUAAUUUUAGAAUAUAUAAACUUUAUAGAGUGGAUUCUUUGAAAUUCUAGUCACAGCUUCAAUAAAUAUUGUUAUCAUUUAAUUUUUAGAUAAAGUAUAUGAUAUUAUUUCAAUUCAUUUAACAGAUUUUGAAAAUUAAAAAUCUGUUAAAGAUUAUGAAGAAAGCUUUAUAGUUAAAAAAUAUGUUUUAUAUUUUGUUUCUUAUGUUGGACCCUUAAUUGUUAUUGCAUUCUUAAAUGGACCUUUCGAUUUGUAUUGCAAAGAAACUAAUUGUUCUGAUCAUGUUUAAUAUCAUUUUGCUACUAUGAUUAUUUGGAUAUUUGUAUUUAAAACAUUCAAAAUUAUGAAAUUACUCUAUUAUGUUAAAAAGAUUCCAAUAUUUAAAUAUACUUUUGAUGAAAUUGAAAUAAAUAAAUAUAUAGAAGAAUAAUCAAAUAGAUAAAAUUAUGCUAAAAGUUAAGAAAGAUAUGGAACUUUAGAAGAUUAUAUGGAGAUUUUUUUAUAAAAUACAUUAUUAUCCAUUUUUGGUUAUACAUUCCCUUUUAGUUUUUUUCUUCUUUGGGUUUAGAAUAUUGCUCAAAUGUAAGCAGAUAAAGCUAAAUUUAUUUAUUAUCUUUAGAGACCAUGGCCAUAAAAUAAUUCAUCUUUAGGAGUUUGGAAUAGUAUAUUAGAAUUAAUUAAUUAUGUUUGUAUUCUAACUAAUACAGGAUAAAUGAUUAUUGAUUAUAGUUUUAAGUAUGGGGAUGAGUUGAUUUUAAUAUAUUUAACAUUCUUAAUUAGUAAUUUUAUGAUGAAUUUCAUUAUAAAUGGAAUAUUAGGAUAAAUUCCUUUUGAAUUAGGUUUAUUUUUAUAAAGAUAAAAAUACUUAAUUAAAAGUACUAUUGAAUAAUUUAAAAAAACUUAGGCUAAGGCUUUGAUGAAAAGCUCAGAAAAUUUAAAGAAAUUCCCUUUAUUCAAAGUCUUUGGUUCAACAAAUAUUGAAAUUAAAGGAGAAUUUUAAACAAUUAGUUCUGAAGAUGAAUUAUUUGAUCAUUAUGAUUUAAGCUAUAUGGAAAAGUUUUGUGAAGUAUAAAAAAAAGAUAAAUUAAAAUCAAAUAAAGUUAUAGAGAAUAACCAAUAUAAAACAACUAAAACUAUAGAUAAUUGUUAAUUAAGAUCAACAAAAAAUAUAGAAAAUAAUUAAAGAAGAACUUUUAUAGGAUCAUAUCAAAAAUUACCUAUUGAAUCAAAUUAAAAAUUGCCAAUAGGUUCUUUUUAAAAAAUUCAAGAAUCUAAAUAAGUAUUAAGUAUUCCUUUUGAAGAAAAAUUUGGAAAACAAAAAUUCUAAUUUAAGGAAGAAAAGGAAAAUAAAAAAGAAUAAAAAUAAGUUGUUAAUAGAUAAAUUAGUGCUUUAUUUGAUUAAGUAAUGUCUUAAUAAACAAUUUAAAAAUAUUUCUAACGUAGAAAAAAUAAUUAUAUUUUUGAAAUAAAAAAAUGGAAAAGAUCAGAUAAAAAAAAGUUGCAAUCUGCAUAAGAAUUUUUGUAUUAAAAAGUAUUAUUAAAUUCUCAUAAAUUAAUCUGGUCUGAUCUCAAAAUUGCAUGUAGAUUUGUAUUUAUGAGAAGAAAAACCUUAUACUUUAGAAAUCUAGAUUAUAGAAAAUUAACUGUCUUUAAAAAGAAUUAAUAGACAAUCUAAGAAUUAUAUAAAGAAAAGGCAAAAAAUAAAUUUAGAAAAGAGUUUAAAUUACUUUAGAAUUCCAAAAGACAUACGAGUCAUAUCAAUAUUAAAGAAGAUAUAGAAGAAUUAAGUAUCUUAAAGGAUAAAUAAAAAAAUUAUAUCAAUAAACACACUUGGCUUUAUAGUAGAAAGGUUUUACUAUUAAAAAUAAAAGGAGUUUGGUUUAGUUAAUAUAGAAGAUAAUGCUAAAGGGAACCAUCAUUUAAAAUUGCAUUAGACUUUCUUUCCAAAGCCAAAUUAAUUGAAAAAAUUAAAGGAGAGACAGAUUUAAAAGAAAAACUUGCAAAAUCUUUAGGAGAUCCAGCAAAAAUUUAAUAUAUUGGAUUAGAUACUUUAAUUAGGGGAUAUCUAUCAUUAUAAUAUAAGUAUUUUAUUUUUAUAUUUAAAGUGCCAAAGAGAGAUUUGAAAUUCCACUUUCUACAAGAUAAUUUAAUAUUAUUGAUUAUUACAUAAAUAAAAAGAAAUCUGAUAUAUUUACAUUUAUAGUUGAUAGUUUUAGGGAUACUUACAUAUUUGAUCAUUAAUACUAAAAAUUAUAAUAAUUUUCAAUGUAAUAUUUUGAGGAAGAACUAUUUCCAAUUGAAAAUUUUAAAUUGAAAAGAUAAUUAAAUAAUACAACUUGGAUUAGUGAAGAUUAGUAAGGUAAAAAAUCAUUAAUAUAAUUUUUAUAAAUAAGACAUGAAUAAUAAUUUAAAUAUUAAAAGCCUAAUUAAGAGAGUUAUGGAGUUUGUUAUUUAGAGGGAGAACUAAAAAUUAGACUUAGUAAUUUAGUAGAUUAAGUUGAUGAUUUCUAUAUAAAAGGAUAUUGUAUCAUCAAAUAUCAUGUAUAUUCUUAAAUAACUUUAAAAUAAGUAAUAAAAUAUAGGUUAGUUCAUGGGAUAUAAUAUAAAUUAGAAGAAUUAUAUGAAUUUUUACAUGCUUGUCUAUAGAUUAUAAAAUAAUAAAAGUGUGGAGAUUUAAAUUUAAGUAGUUUUGUAUUUCAUCAAAGAACUUAUAUUUUAUUCAGAUCUAAUCAUAAUGAUGAUGAUGAUUUAAUAAAUUUGGCACAAGUCAUAAUUGAAAUGAUUUUAUUAAAACCAGUACCUGAUGCAAUAUCUGGAUUUGUAAAAAUAAAUACAUCCCAUCCUCUUAAGGGUAUACUUUAAUAAAUGAUAUAUGAAGAUGUAUAAAUUGAUGAUUUACUCUAUAGAAUACCUAUUACAUCAAGUUUUGUUGAAAUUAAUGUAGAAGAUGAGAUAAAAAUAAAAGAUAGAAAAAAAGAUGAAGAUUUUAUAGAUUUUUUAACUCUUUCAAUUCAUUAAAUAAAUUUAAAUUUCAGAAUGAAAUAAUUUAAGGAAGCAUUGAAAGAGAUUUAAUUGGCAGAAGAUUAAUUAAGUAAUAAUAAAUUUACAUCUGCAACUUCAAUUGAAUAAGGAUUUUAUCGUUAUUUUGUAACAAAUCAAUAUAAAAUUUUAACUAGUCAUUCUGAUAUAUCAUUUACAUUUAAUGUUCUAUUAAUCAUAUAUAUAAAAUUUGGUACUUUAUUGUAAAUGAAAUUUAAUUUUAUAAAAGAAUUGGAAAUGCUAUAUUAUGCUUUAAUGAGAUCAGUUGAAAGUUUAGAUGAUUUAAUUAAAUAAUUAUCUCUUAAUGUAAAAUUAGAAUAAUUGACAAAUACAGAAUAAAAAAUUAUGUUGAGAAGAAAGUUAACACGUUCUAAUUCAUAAAUAGAUUUAUAAUCAAAAGAUAGAUUAUAACUUAUUAAAGAUAUUAGAAAAAAUCCUUCACAUAUAAAAAUAAUUACAAAAGUGAAAAAAGAAUUAUAAAGAUAUUGUUUAUAAUUUUAAGCUUUACAUUCAUUAUAUCUCUAUUUUAAUUAAGAUUUUGUUUAUUCUGCUUAAAUUUUAGAGGAUAUAUAAACUACUUAAACUAUGAUUAUUUAAAAUUAAACUAAAAUAAUACAGGUUGUUGAAGAACCAGAUGAUUUAACACCUAAUUAAUUCAAUUUUAAUUAAUAAUCUCCAACUUUAGAUGCUGCAUUAAAGAUUGCUUAAGAAGAGAAUUUUGAAUUAUAAAAAGAAUUUGAUGAUUCACCUAAUUACUGUUUACAAUUAUUAUAUUACAAAUAUUUAUAAUUAAUUGUAUGGUUCGAUGGAGGUAAAGAAACAUUUUAAAAUAAUUACAUUGAUUUUUUAUAAGAUAAAGUGAAUUCACCUGUUUAUGAAUAUUUCUCAUCUUAAUUAAAAAUUAUAUAAAGAUAUGAAAUACCUAAAGAAUAUAUAGAAUUUAAUAAGGAAUGUGAAAUUGGUAAAUACAUUGUUAUUAGUAUGAAUAAAUGGAUUGAAUAAUCAUUUUUCAUACCUUCCAAACUUGAAUAUAGUAAUGAUCAUCAAUUAAUGUGGAAACAAUUAAUAUCUUAUAGUGUAUUAGAGUAAUCAUUAGAAAAUAGACAAAUAUUAAUUAGAUUAUUAAAUUAAAAAGAGUUAACUCUUCCAUUUGUUUUAUUAGAAUUAAGAGCUAUUCAUUAACUACUUCAUUUAGAUAAUUAUGUUCCACUUCAUAAAUCUUUAAAUUAGAAAUAAAUUAAUAAAGAGAAUCUUAAUAGUAAUUUUAUUAAUAAUAGUUUGAUAAAAAGAUUAUAAAAAUUGCAUAAUGAAGUCUCGAUUGAUUCUGAUUCAUGGUUUCAUUCUAAAGGAUUAUUGCAAUUUAGAUUAUAUUAUAUUUUAUCUCUAUUUUUUUCUUUUUCUAAAAAACACUUUGAAAAUAUGUUGACUGAAGAUUCGAAUUUAUUAUUUUUAGGAGAAAUGGCAAUGAAAUAAGCAUCAUGUUAAUCUGAAGCAGAUGCUAAAAGAGUAUAAGCAUCUUAAAUUAGAAUGAUACCAUUUGAUAUCAAAGAAUUAAAAUCUGAUCCAAAACCAAAUUAAGUUAAUAAAAUUCUAAGUUCAUAUUUAUCUAUAAGGGAUUUAAUAGAAUCAGAAGAAGAAGAUGAUCUUAAAUGUUUGAUAGAUAAAUAUAAUGAUUAAUUAAAACCAUCUUUAAUUGUCUUGGCUAUAAUUUAAUAUUAUAUUGCUAUUGAUCGUAAAGAUUUAGCAGAUAUAAUAAUUUUAUAAACAUUUAAAUUAAUAGAAUAUAAUGUAAGUCUAUUUGAUUAUGCUCAUCCUUCCUUUAAAGAAGAUUUAUUAUUAUUUUAAAUAAAGGUUAAUGAAGAAAAAUGGAUUCAUUUGGAACCAUUUGAUAGAUUAUUUAAAAGGAAAAAUGAUUUUAGAAGUUUAACUUCAGAUGUUUUAUUAAAUUUAUAAUAUGUGAUUUAUAAUUAGUUCUUUUAUUUAGAUAUUUAAUUUAAUAUUGAUAUGUUAGAAGAUUAAUUUAAGAAUUUCAACCUAUUACCACCUUAAUAUAAUAAAUUAAAAAGUAUAUAUUAAUUAUAUCUGUUAUAUUUACAGACUACCCAAGGAAAUAUUAAUUUGGAAGAAAUUGAAAAGUACAAUUUAUAAUAUAUAAAGAUUUAUAAAAAUAGAAUUUAAAUAGAAUACUGCUUAUUCAGCAAUAAUAAAAAAUAUUUUAGUUAGAUAUUAUAUAAAUAUGCAAGACUAUGAAUUAGCUUUACCUUUAGUAUAAAAUAUUUUAGAUUAUCUAUAUUCUCUAAAAAUAUUAUCAAAUUUUGUAUUAAAAUAAAUAAAUGAAACUAGUUAUGUAAAACUAAAUUAUAAUUAUUAUAGGUUAUUGAAAAUAAUGUGAAUUUUAUAUCAUCUAUUGUAGAUGUUAAAUUAAUUGAAAUAUAACCUGAAGAAACAGAUGAUUAAUAUUUUCACAUUAUUGAUACAUAAUUCAUACAGGAGAAUUUAAUUCAUUAUAUAGAUAUUAUAACUAAUCUAUAAGAUGAGAACUAAAACUUUCCUAAAAUUUAAGAAAUAUUUAAAUUAUUAUUUGAUAUAACAGAACCUACAACAUAAAAUAACCUUUUUAAAGUUUUAUCUUAAUUAUUUUUAAGUUAUUCAAAACCUGAAUAUCUUCCUUCUAUAUUUAAUUAAGUUUAUAAAAAUUAAGAUAGAUAAGUAAAUAUAUAUAUAAUUAUAGCUUCAUGCAUAUCUCAAUUAAAGAAAUAGUUUAAAAGAAAAAAUGAGUUAAUUAAUAAUUAUUAAUGAACUUAGUGAAGAAGACAAUGUCAAAAUGACUGCAUAAAUUAAUGUUUUAAAUUAUCUAAUCACAAUAUAUGAAAGUGUAAGUAAAGGCAUAACUCAAACUACUAUAUUAAGUUGGAGCAUAUAAGCUGCUGAAAAAGCCAUGAUUGGAUAUAAAAUUUAAGGUAAAAACUUUUAAUCUUCAUGUCAUUAUGUAUAUCCAUAACUCUAUCUAUAAUUAUCUGAUUGUUUUGUAAGAUUAGGAUAAAUAUCAACAGCUUUGAUACAUAUUGAUUAGGCAGAAGAAGAUCUAUUAGAAUGGUUCCGUUAAAAUAAACAUCCUUUAAAAGGAUUUUUUUUUAUGAAAUAAGCUCUUUUAAGACCCCUAUUAACUGAAUUAUUUACAAAAUAUACAGCUUUGUUAAUGGAUUUGGAUUAAAUUAAUAGAUUAUAAAUUUAUGAUAUUAUUAGAGCUCUAUUUUAAUUUAAUAAAAAAAUUUUACAACUUUUUGAAAAUAGUUAAGAUCUAUAAUCAUUAGAAUUAGGAUUAUUAAUUUAUGCUAAAACAUUAGAUUCAACUGAAAAAAUCACAGUUGAUAUAUUUGAAAUGUAUUAAGGAAAUGAACCAAUUUCAUUAAUGAAAUAAGUAAUGAAAAUAUCUCCUUAUGAUAUGACUGGAAUAAAUAUUUUAAUUGAUGUAAAAAUAAUUAUUUAAAAAUAUAUAGGCCUAGUCCAUUUUCCAAUUAUUUAAUUAAAAUAAUCAAUUUACUAAAAUUGUCUGUAAAAAAAUUGAAGAGUACAUUUGA